ACAGUAGCAAUAAGCGACAAACAAAGAUCUUAGAUGUUUGGAGAAAUAAAAAAAAAAAAGAAAAACGAAGAUAAUAGAUGUGUGCUCCAGGGGAAUCGCUCAUGCUACACUCUUGUUCUUAUUCCUUUGCUUGAUUAGUUAAAGAAGAUUUGUCUUUCAAACCCCAAGGAGCAGAGAUCUUAGCAAUGCCCAGAAAAUCCCUUUGAUUUUCCAGACAUUGAUAGAGGAGUUAAAAAAAGAAGCUAAAGAAAGAGAAAUGGGAGGUUACGCGCUGGGUUUGGCUUUUGAUUCAAAAUCAGGGCAGAUGAUAAUGGUGGCAUUGCUUUUGAUGGUUGGCUCUUUUUACGUUGGCAACCUUUUUGGCAACAAUGCUCCCAUUUACAUCUCUCACGACUCUGACACUUCUUCUUCUUCUUCAUCUGCAUCUUCCCCUGCUAUAUCUAUAUUUAUUAACAAAGUUGCUCUUACAUAUCGAGAAACACCACUCGUAAUCCCAGCAAAUGGGAUUAAUAUAUGUCCGCUGAAGUUCAAUGAGUAUAUCCCGUGUCAUGACAUCUCUUAUGUGAAGCAAUUGCUUCCAAGCUUGAAUGUUUCCAGGAGAGAAGAGCUAGAGAGACACUGCCCUCCACUCGAAAAGCGUUUAUUUUGUUUAGUGCCACCACCACAAGAUUAUAAAAUUCCAAUAAAGUGGCCCAUAAGCAGGGAUUAUGUUUGGCGAAGCAAUGUGAAUCAUACGCAUCUUGCUGAAGUCAAAGGAGGACAAAACUGGGUGCAUGAGAAAAAUCAACUGUGGUGGUUUCCUGGUGGAGGUACUCAUUUCAAGCAUGGUGCAGCUGAGUACAUUCAAAGGCUAGGAAAUAUGGCUACUGAUGAAACAGGUGACCUGCGUUCAGCAGGGGUAGCUCAAGUUCUGGAUGUUGGAUGUGGAGUGGCUAGCUUCUCAGCUUAUCUUCUUCCUUUAAAUAUACAAACAAUGUCUUUUGCUCCUAAAGAUGGUCAUGAAAAUCAAAUUCAGUUUGCGUUAGAGAGAGGAAUUGGUGCAAUGAUCUCUGCCAUAGCCACAAAACAGUUGCCAUAUCCCAGUAGCUCUUUUGAAAUGGUUCACUGUUCUAGAUGUCGUGUUGACUGGCAUGAAAACGGUGGUAUUUUACUCAAGGAAGUGAAUCGCCUGUUGCGACCUAACGGAUAUUUUGUCUAUUCGGCUCCACCUGCUUAUAGGAAGGAUAAAGAUUAUCCAGUAAUUUGGAAUAAGUUGGUGGAUCUGACUACUGCAAUGUGCUGGAAACUUAUUGCUCGAAAGGUUCAGACAGCCAUCUGGAUCAAGGAGGAAAAUCCACAAUGCCUUCAUCAUAAUGCAAAGUUGAAGCUCAUUGAUUUUUGUGAUGCUGUAGACGAGACUAAAUCAUCAUGGAAGAUGCCUUUAAUGAAUUGUAUACAACUAAGAAGUGCACAAACAGAUCCUAGGAAGCUCCCUCCUAGGCCAGACCGUCUGUCCAUGUAUUUGGAGAGUCUCAGCAGAAUCGGAAUCAGUAAAGAAGAAUUUACGAUUGAUACCAACUUUUGGCAAGAUCAGGUUCGUAAUUACUGGAAGCUGAUGAAUAUUAGCAAGAUGGAAUUACGGAAUGUCAUGGACAUGAAUGCUUUUUGCGGUGGAUUUGCUGUAGCUUUGAAUGAAUUUCCCGUUUGGGUAAUGAAUAUAGUUCCUUCAAGCAUGCAUAAUACCUUAUCUGCAAUUUUUGAAAGGGGUCUGAUCGGUGCUUUUCAUGAUUGGUGUGAGCCAUUUUCAACGUAUCCACGGACAUAUGAUUUGCUGCAUGCCAACCAUCUCUUCUCUCACUAUAAAAAUAGUGGAGAAGGUUGCCAGCUGGAGGAUAUCAUGCUUGAGAUGGACCGCGUUUUAAGACCUCAGGGAUUUGUUAUAAUUAGAGAUGAGGAUUCUAUUGCAUCAAGAAUUCAAGAUCUUGCUCCGAAAUUUCUGUGGGAGGUUGAAUCACACAUUCUAGAAAACAAGGAGAAGCAAAGAGAAAGUGUUCUAAUCUGCAGAAAGAAAUUCUGGGCUAUUGUUGAAGAAGUUACUGCAUAAAAUUACUAUAUUAAUGCAGGUGUACUUCCAACCCCUCCAAAGGUCUCGUGACUCUUGUACCAUGAGUUCUCCAGUUUUUGUUCUUUUCCUUCUGACCCCUGUACUUUGUAAAUGCUAACCUUAUUAGUGGUUACAAAAAGUGCUCAUUUUUUUUAUGCUGCAAA